AUGAAGGCUGGUGUUUUGAAGUUCUCCCACUUUCUCUAUAGCUGCCGUCUAACAGUACAUCUGGGACUGUACUUUGAUGAAUCUUUUGACUUCACCAUGCAAUCGUAAGCCUAGUUGAUUCCUUACACAACCUGCUCGUUGGCCUAAAUAUUUUGUGUUCAUUCUUUACAGUUCAACGUAGUUUUUCACUUUUUGAGACGUUUUUUUACUAAGUUUGAACAAUUGCAUUCGCCUUUAGCACGUCUGUAAUCUAUCUGCGCCGGAGGUACACUCAACUGCGUUUUGCCAGCUUAGCGGUAUUGUGUAAGUUUUACUAUCAUACAGAUUACUUUUGCAAGUGUGGAAGCGGUGAUUGCGGUAUCAUCAUCAAAAUAAGUCUUUUUUCAAGCAUCUGCUCUUUUAACGCACUUCCGCAUUGACAUAUGAGGCUAAAAACGGUGAUAUCUUAACUACUGUAAACCAAUGGCCGUUUCUCUCGUUCUUAUAAAACUGUUUCGUCGGCUAGAACUCUACGAUACAAGAUUGAAACGACAAAAUAUGCGUUUAAGGGCAGUGACUGAUAAAGAUCAGACGUAUAUCUUAGCCAGUCCUGCCUAAUUCGGUCUCAAGCUUCACAUAAACUUGGCAACUUAGCUGAAGGGGCGAAAAAAUAUACGUGUGUUGAGUAUGUCAGUAUGUCUUGUCAGUUUCCAGGACUUAUGACAGUUUUUGAUGAUGUUUUAAAAGUACAAUCGGUUUUUCUUGCCAUUAUUAGCUCUUUUAAUACCAAGAAACGUAAAUUCAUCCAAUAUCAUGAAGCAUCCUUGCCAAAGCCAACAAUCAGGCAUGCUAUCAGGUCACAUUCUUUGCGUUAUUUUAGGAGUUGUAUAUGACAUCUUCAUCGCAACGAAGAACAGUGCAUUAUAUUCUUCUGGGAAAUUGUAUUCGGUGCGUGGUUUUAAAAUCCUGAAUGUAAGUGUAGAGGCUGGUUGGGUUCAGAAUUAUUUGCCCGUCAAAAAUGUUUAUAAAUAGAACAAUACUGUCUCUCUCUCUUCAAGUAAAAAAAAUCGAAGAACACGUGAUUUGCUACCAUAUAAACGAAGGGAAAAAUACAUGGUCCAUGUUGUCUAUAAUAUUACAGUUAGUGACCUACCUCAUGUAAUGUGUCGAAAUUCACAAAAGAUUGUCAAUCCCUAGCAAACCGACACAAUUUGAUGGGUCAAAUGUCUAUGUAAUUAAGUACAAGUUUAAAGGAAUAAAAAACAUAAAAGAAAUACUAUAGGCAUUGUUGUAUCGUUUAGAAAUGUCGAUAUUUUUUGAAAAAUGCAAUAUCCCGAAAACAUUGGAAAUGGCUUUUAUUAAACAACUUUCGUUCUUUGAUGUAUUGAAUGCAUUUUCAUACCAAAAACGUAGUAAAUAUUGAAGUAGACAUAAAAAACGUUUAAUAACAGUGUUUAAGUCAAGUUUAAAUCUAAAUAUCGUUUAAUAAAUAAUGUGAUUUCAAAUAUGACGGUUUGUCAACUGCCUAUAUUCUGGGUGUAGGUCCCAAAGCAGUUUUCCAGUGUUUUGUAAUUUCCGUGAUAAAUUGGGGUAAAAUGAGAGGAAAUUCAACAAGAGAAGCUGAAAUUUGCUUGAUUUCGCCGAUGGGGACGUCGAAGGAACAAAAAAUUUCAUAAGGUGACAUGCCACAAGUCAGGUCAGUGCCUAAUAAAUUUAACUAGAAUUGACAGGCCUGAUCGUAAACAUACAAUUUUAUGUUUAUUGAGGCAAAUUCUUCUUCCUUUUCAUUAAUUCACACUUUUGCUUCAUUUAAGAUUGCGCUGAUUUUCAGACCGGCCUCGAAAUAUUGCUGAAUACUUCAUGAUUUUUAGUGUUUUCAGUCGACCGUCCAUACAUACAGAGUCUGAAUUAAGCAUCUGUUAAGAACCUUAAAAUAAGACUAUUUUUAAAGGCAUUUAACAAAUUACCGAGUGUUCGAAUGUUCCUUUUCCCGAAGAUGAUUGUUUGGGUCACAUGUGAAGGCCUAUUCAAACAUUAAACUUCAUUUUCAAGAAGGGUGGCUGUCCACAACGAAAGUCAGCAGCGAAUAUAUUUUAAAUCAAUAAAAAAAAUUUACUUAGUAAGUUAUCUAGUUAAGAAGUGCUCGCUUUUAGACUCCGUUCUUUGAUUAUGAAUGCACGGCAGAGCGUCCAUAUUCAUAUUGAUAUUUUGAUGAAACUAUUAAUGUUCUGCUCGUUCUAUUUCUGAAUGAGAUAUGCGCUGGAGCUAACAUAAACGACAAGUAGUGUUUCAUAUGGUUAAAGCAGGAAAUGACCAUUCCGUGGUGUUCAUCUAUGUGAGAUCAGGUAGAAUUUUCCAAAUGGCAAAAUAAUUUCAGCCCACUUAAACGAAGGAAUACCUGUCUGCGUUUUUACUGCUGUUUUGAACACCAUAUCGUACAGAUCUGCUAAUUUGACACUAAGAAAUUUUUAAGACCUCUGGUUUCCUUAAAAUGACCUUUGUGCAAGCAGGGUGAUCAACAUGGUUAUUAUGGGACUUAUAAUAAAAUUUCAAGUUCGGCUAAAUUUGUUUAUUAAAACUCUUGCAGUUAAAUUACUAUCCGUUCAGUGACGAAGUCGCCCAGAUUCGUAACCGGAGUCUAGGACAUGUAUUAGCCUAGGUAAUUGAACGAAUAUAUUCCAUAGACCAUUUUUGCUAAAAUUUCCUGGUAUUUUUUUGAUACAAUUACCUUAACACAAUUUCUGAACAAGAAAAGUACAUUUCGUUGAAGGAUGUGGGUGAGCGAGCAAAAUGCACAACGUUUAAAUUGUCCAGAAACUCUCCCAUCAGAUUCCGAUAUGAGAUUGCAUGAGAUAGGUCACGUAUUGUAUAAUUGAAUUUGUAAGAGUUUUGAAAAUUUAUGUACAAAUACCCUAUUUAAACAGUUAAUUCUACAUAAUGUGGUUUUCGCUUCGUCCGGAGCAAGGUUCAUUCUAAAGCCAGCGGCAUAAUGGGACUGAAAUAUUUUGUAGUCAUGUUGCAGUAGAAUUAGUACUUCAAUCUACAUGGUUAGUCGCUUUUAAUCGAAAACGUAUCUCCCUAACUGAGAACUUUUAAUUAUUUUAUUUUUUAGAGCGUGAAAUGUUCAAUUAUACUGCAUCACAGCAGCAAGUUGACUGGUACUUCUUAUAAAUCUGACAACUUGUUCCACAAACAUUACAGAAUUUAGAAGCCCUAAACGUCAUCUCUUUCAAAGUACACAGAAAUGUUUGAUUUCUCCUGGAUGAGAAGCAUAUAGCUUUUUUCGGAAAGCUUGAAUGUAAAUGCAACGGGAAUUUCAGUUUUAGAAUAAUUGUAGUCAUGCAGACCGGAGGCGGGAAAGGCGUAGGUGGCUGGCACGGCCGAAACCGCACCUAGGCGUACUACCACAUCCUCAACAAGUAAUUGGCAGGAAUUUUAGCAAACGACUGCCAAGCGGCGGAUCACAGGCGAUUUUCGCGUGUAGAAUGGCUUCUUGAACCUGUGUCAGAGACAAAAAAAUAUUCGUUCACAGUCAACUGCGUUCCAGAGACCAACUUCUUGCGAGAUAAUCAGCACUGAGAUCUUUAGUCCUUUACUUUCCCUCUCGAAAUACCCUAAAGGGUUAUGUGGUUUAGAAUGUGAGCCAUAACAGAAGCUACUUUGUAUCCCUGUUCUAAGCGGCAAUGCCACGGACUAUCGCACGUUGUAUGAAUGUGAGCACGUCUCCCGUGGUUUCACCAGAAACCGCCACUUGGCCUUUAUAAAGAUAUCGUUUAAGAGAAUUAAAAGAAAAAAUGGGAAAAAUUAUUGCGUCUAUUGCAGAGGAACCAAACUCAGCAGAGAUAAUGUGUGGAUUUGCAAUAUAGAUAGGAGGGAACUCAGGAAUCAUUGCCGAAAUUCUUGCAUAUUUUUCAUUAAAAGAUGAAGCGUAUCGCAUGUAUCGCGGCGCAGCUUCUAUUGCUCGUCAUAUUUACCUACAGUGGGUGACCGAUCUCAUGAAAUGUUGGCUGAAAUUCUGAAAUGCGCUUACGACUAGGGAGGAUUACUUAGGCGCGGUUGUAGUAUUGAUUAUCUCGCGGCAUAAUCUAAUUAUAUUUUUGACUUGGCAGGACGUCAGCUUUUGAAUACAUUGCUUUUAAUUUCCGUGGAAAAAAGUAACUAUUUAAGUAGCAUAUUUUUUUCCCAUUGAGUUUGGAUAGUCUUGCUAAUUUAAACAUAUUUCGUAGAAACCACGAACAAAGAUAGGCUUUCUUUCAGUCGCUUGAUAGAAAAUCACGUCACCUUAAUAUUUUAUACUCGAAAGGGGAGUAUAAUUUUGUUUUAAACAGGUUUACUAAUAGCCGAAUUAUUUGGAGCCUGAUGAGUCGUCGUACUGGCGUUUAGUGAUUUCAGUCUACAAGGUGCCUGCGUUAAGCGUAAAGAAAAUCACAUAUUCUUCUAGGCAUUUUAGAAGAUACUAUAUAAAGUCCAUAAAAUUUUGCAAUGGAUGCGGACUAUGCGGUACAAUUCAUGAGGAGCAGUGUUAAACGGACGGGUACGAUGCUAUAUGAAUGGGCUUUUUGCUUUUAAUUAGAAUUUUUUAAAACCUAUUUAUACUCUCUCUUCGAGUAUAAAAUAUAAAGGUCACGUGAUUCUAUGUCAAACGACUGAAAGAAAGCCUAUCUUUAUUCAUGAUUUCCACAAAAAAAUGCCUGAACUUGCAAAACCACCGACAAUCAAUGGGAGAAAUGCAUACUACUUAAGUAGACAUUUUUUUUCGGUUGCGGUUCCAACUGGAGAUCGAAAAGCAGUGCAUUCUAAAGCUGGCAUUAUGCCAAUUUCGAAAAGCUAUUGGAGUAUUCCGCAAAGUCAUUAGUUUUAUGACCGCGCCUUAGUAAUCCUACCUAAUCGAAAACGCUUUUCAGAAUUUCAGUCAACAUUUCAUGAGGUCGGUCACUUACUGUACGUUCCUUCGUUUGGAUGCCAACUAGAGUAAUCAAAUUAAAUAUGACUCUUUUUAACAAUCUAUAAAAUUAAACUUAAUAAAUUUCAAGAAAUAUUUCUGCCAUCUUACAGUUGGCCUACAUGGAAUAUGGAGCAGAAGGCGAGCUCGAACAGAAUUUAUAUUGGAUUCAUGCCUGAAUCAGUAAAUAUGUGCGAUCUCUAUGAGUACUUCUCAAACUUCGGCAAUGUCAAGGAGAUUCGCUUGAUGAAAGGAUGUCAAGUUCCCGGCCGUGCUUUCGUCGUUUUCCGUGAUUCGAACUCAGCAGACAGUGUGCUUAGAUAUCGACCGCAUACGAUAAACGAAACACAAAUAACUGUGGCUGACACCUGGAACGCCUUGUCUGCACACGCUGGGUAAGCAUUUGCCCGUCUGAAAGGCGGAUAUUUAUCUUUUUGAAUAUAACCCGUCCCGUUAAAACGUGAAAACAACCGCAGAAGGUAAAUAUGUCCUCCAGUACGUGAAGGAGUUCUUUGAGAAAUAUGACUCACACAUCCAAUUUUUUGAUUCUCAGGGAUUUUUUGAAGUGAGGAAACAAGCACCGCAGAUGUGCACUUGUCAGCAUAGGAAUCAGUUCUCAUAUGUUUCAGUGACGUUUCAGGAACUCUUCAUGUUAAACUGCACUCCCUUGAUUGCUGCACAAAUUACACAUGCUAAAUAUUACCGUUCUUGGCAUCGCCUCGCCUUUGAAAAGACUACCAAAUUUUGACUAAACUAAAUAAGCCUUCGUCAGGUUUUCUGCAGUCGGAAUUUCAAGUAAUCAUUGAAAAUUUAGGCAGUCUGAACAGAAGUAGAAACGACGAUUAGGAGCACAUUUUGCAUUGUAAUACGCAUUUUUACGCCUAAUUCGUGCUGUUGGCAUUUAGGUCAUUGCGGGGAAGUAUAUUUAGAUGCCGUGCCGCGUCUGUUGAUUACAACCUCAGAUCUUUCUUCGGAUACAUUUAAGUAGCAGCUAGCUGUUCGUGCUUUUGUAUGGCGGCCAUGAAAAUGAACAUUAAAGAGAGACAGAGAAAGAAAAAUAAAUCUGCUUCAUCCUAAAAAUGCAGAUUCAAAACCUGCCUCGUUAAGUAUCCGAGGAAAUUAAUGCGCGAACUUUGAGUAAAUCUCUCAAAACAGACCUUUCAGACACGGUCCGAAAUUCGACAUAAAUAUUUGAGCUGAAAUCCAUCAGCCACUGCGGAAUAACUGCGUAAUAUUCACAAACCGCCAACAGGCAGCCAAUGUCGGCAGUUAUUCAAUGAUAAUACUAAUUUACACAUCAAAACCAAUAAAAUUCUAUAAAAGACAGCAAAAGGAUAUUUCAUUACAUACCGCAGUAACGUCGGCACGUAGACAAAAGUAGACAGUACUAACGCUCACAACGAGAGGAACGCAGCUCACAUGGGGGAUAAGUGCUCCAAAGUGACACACUUAAACAAUUAUGCGCAUUAUAUCAAGAUCGUCCAGACAUGUCAAAACUACAACUUCCAAAUUUUAAAAGUACUUUUUGCAAUUAACAAAGCAUAUUUUAACCAAAAAUGCGUGUUCAUUCACGAAGUAAUGCCUGUUCAUCAUGCGAUAACCUCGAAAAAACCAUGAGGGGCUGGCACCUUCAUAGCCCCUUCUUGGUCCCCUUACAAGAGAGGGCCGAGUGCUGGCAAGGAUAGUAUAUAAUUGUGUAAUCAUUUUACCGUACUAACAACACAGGUAUAAGCUAAAAGCCCAAACACGUGUGUUUCGCCGAUCUUGUGCCGUUGCCUGACGCAGCUGCCAAGGGUUCAGCUCGUUAGGAAUAUUACGCGGUUAUUCCGCAGUAGCUAAUGGAUUUCGGCUCAAAUGUUCAUAUCCAAUCGCGAAGCAUGCCUGAAAAUGCCUAUUCUGAGGGAUUCACUCCAAUUUCGCGCAUUUGUUUCCUCGGAAAUUAAACGAGGCAAGGGGAAACUGGAGUGCAUAUGUACCAGAAAACCCACGGGAAAGCUGGAGGACCCACUGAUGAGCCGCACCCCUGCAGCUGCAUCAGGCAGCGGCAUAAGAUCGGCGAAGAAUGCGUGUCUGGGCUUUUAACUAAUACCUGUGUUAUUAGAACGGCAUUAUGAUUACAAGAUUAAAGAUUCAAAAAUUUUUAGAAAAAAGACUUCAUCCACUCUAGAAAUAACAUACAUUAUCAAAUUAAUUGAAAGCCAAAAGGAGGGAAUGACAGAAGUUUUAAUGCGUUUUCCAAGUGACAUAUCAAAAGAAGAUUAGGUCUUCACCGGGAGCGGUUUAUUGGAUGUUUGACGUCCAAAGUAGUUGGUUCGUCUACCCAUCUUCAGAGAGCGGGGGCACUUGCGCACAGCUAUCCUUAUAUGGCGCACUUUGUUCAGUGCGUAGCCCACCAUUUGCCCCUAUCACUUGCCGGCGGAUUGUUGAGUCAGGCCUGUGGGCAACACCAAUUCCGAGUGGCGCGAGGGAUCUAGCCACGGGUUCGGAGACCCUUUAAACGUACGGAAUGCUCCGCCACGAUACUGGCUGACUGCGCUCUUCUUUGGCUGCCUUCAGCUCCGGUUUAUGAAUGUCCGCGAAUAGCCGUUGGCUCAGUAGAGUUCUUGGAUGAGCUUCCUUUCGUCCGGUUUGUUGGCCGGCGUGCUGCAAUGAGUUUGCACCCGUCGGUAGAGCGUGCGGACACAGUUUCGUUUGUGGAACUUCAUAGCAGCAUGCCAGUCGCCAAACCAGACUGGUUAGUUUUAGAGGUUAGUGUUACUGGUUAGGUUUAGGGGUUAUGCUUUGGGGUUAGGGUAUGGGACUAGCGUUUGGUGUUAGGACUCGUCGCCCGUACGCUCUCCGACCCCAACUCGUAAAACCCCUAUUAUCGCUGGUCCCGUAUCAUGUGCGGCUGGGUUUGUUUACCUCAGAUGGGGCUACAGAGAUGCAUCUGACCUUUAUACUCGAAUGCUGGCUCACCAAUCCAAAUAAUUUUUCCUGAGAAAAUAACAAUAAGGACACGUUUUUCAGUUUCCGUUCACUGAUUAUUGGCCUGUGCCGUUCCUGGACAAGUCUUAAUAAAACUAUAUAACAGAUAUUGUUGGCAUUAAUCUCACUUGUUCUGCGCUCAGCAUUAUGUCGAGUGAAUUGACCGUUCAACAUAAAAUUUGCCUUAUAGGUCCAAGUGCGCCUUCUAUGAGGAACUAAGAGUAAAAAAAAAUUACUAAUUUGGCGGUCAAUGAGGCCUAGUCUUUACACUUCCUGGGGCAAGGCUCAGUCAAAUCGACGCCCGUAAGAUGUGUUUAGAUCAACUGCUUCAACGAACAAUGGUCGCCUGUUGAACAGUCGAUCGGAUAAUCAUCGAAAUAGCUGCUAUUAAGAAUAUGAGUAUGCGUGCAUUGACUGCCCGGCUAUUUCUGGCUCACAACAGUGGGCAAACCACAGAGCGACCUGUCUUUUCUCAAAGUAGUUGCAUCAUCUAUGACCACUUACCCCAUUGUCCGAUGUAGUUAUUCAAACUGCAUUCCUAGUCUUCUCCUCCCUACAGAGUUUCACACCCCGGAAUCUCAGAGCGUAACAAGGCUGAUCAUUCUGCCACCCUCACUCAGACUAAAAUGCCGACCAAGGUCGCUUCCAAACACACCUCUAAUAUGUUAUCCAUAUAUGUCGGCAAUUUGACACCAGAUACCACCGAAACCGACCUCAUUGAAUACUUCUCCGAAUUUGGCCAUGUCAAAGGAGCCAGGGUUGUAAUUGAUAGUUUCACGGGCCAGUGCCUGGGAUACGGAUUUGUCACCUUCGCUGACGGAGAUGCUAUUAAGAAUGGUGUUCUGGAUGUCCGCCCCUUUCUCAAUGGUCGUCCUCUAACAGUACUUCCGGAACCGCCCACAGGUGACUCUCCUGCCUCCACUGUACAAUCGUAAGUUCGACUGAAUCGCUACCCACAGAGAUCAUCCACAAUGGCAGAUUGAAUUCUACGUUUUAUGUAGACCUUCAAAAUAAGUUGUUUCUCGAAGGCUUUUACCGAGGUGGUGACUGUUUGAACAUUCCUUUAGCAACGGUGGGUUGUGUUAACCCCUCUUUCUCAACUAAACUUAACUGUCUGAGUACUGUUUAAGGCAGGGGCUAUGCACAGGUAUUCCCAAAGAAAUAUAUGGGUGGAGCGUAAGCGUUCGACAACAGAGACCGUCCAGGAAUUCUGAGGAAGCUAAACGUUUCUGUUCUAACCAGAACAAGGUAAAACGAAGCGAGUCCAACGACCCCUGAUUGAAAAUGAGCUUCUUCCGGUCUAAAAAAGUUUAAAAUUAUAGGCGUUUUUGAAAUCGUGACGUACUUAAUCAUCCAACAGCGCGUUAGCAUUUGUAAAAAGUAAACAACGUAGUCUCCCUCUCUUGCAACACUUUAUGGGUCUCGUGUAAUAUCUUUUCAAGAGCCAUAGAAAUGAAUUAUUUUUAUAACACAGAAAGCACAAAGUUGCACCUAAGAAACAUUUUGGGGUCCAAAUCAUGCAGAAAAUGAAGCUUUUCAACGGAGAAUGGUCUUUUAUCUUUAAAAAUACGUAAUUUGCUAUCGAGCAGGCGACAGAAACAAAAUUUAAUGUACGCUUUCUCUAUGAAAAAAGGUCAAUAGGAAAAAUGUACACUAAUUAAGUGGUAUUUUUGCAAGUAUGUAACUAAGACAAGCGGCCGGAUGGGAAGUCACUUAAAAAGCGGCAUUAGAGGCUGCGGAAAGUGAAGCAUUUUAAUUACGGCCUAAGGUUUACAAAACAUAUCUUAUGCCUAGUUGAUUAGUAACAUAAGGAAAACCAUUAACACUUGUCAAAUUUCAGAAAAACAACAGAAAUCUGCGCGGAUUCAUAGGAUUAAAAUAUAAUGCUACCACGGCUAAUAAGCCAGGAAUGGCCGGUAAAACCAUUCUGUCUUAUUACUGUUCGUAACAGGUGCUAUUCACAGCUAUUUUUAAAGAAAUACAUAGGUCAGACGUAUGCGUUCGACAACAGAGACCGUCCAGGGAUAUUGAGUAAGUUAAGCGUUUCUGAUCUAACCAGGGCAAAGUAAUUCGAAGCACGUUCGGCGAUCCUUGCCUGAAAAAGGAGAUCCCUGGUCUAAGUACAGGUUAAAAUUAUAGGAUUUUUUGAGAUCAUGAAAUAUUCAAUCAUACAACAGCGCGUCGGCAUUUGAAAACAAUGAAAAACAACCUAGUCUAAACCUACUGUAAAAUUUUAUGGCUUUCAUGUGAUAUCUUCUCAAAAGCCUUUAGAAAGAAAUUAUUUUUCUAACACGAAAAGCAUAUAGUUUUUAGAUUAGAAACCUGUCGGACUCCAAAUUAUUCGAAAAGUGAAGCUUUUUAACGACGAGUGCUCCACUGUCGUUACUAAUACGAACUUCGCCAUCGUACAGGCGACAAAACCAAAAUUUAAUGCAUGUUUUCUCUGCAAAAAAGGUCAAUAAUAAAAAUUUACACCAGUUAAGUAGUAAUCUUUACGUGGGUGUAAUUUAUACAGGCGCCGUAUAGGAGGUUAUUUAAAAAUCGGCAUCGAAGGUAGCAGAAAUUAGGGAAUCACAGGAGGCAAUAGUAUUUUAUACGUAGUUGUCCUAAUAAUAGAUGAUUUUCUCUCUAAAAAAAUGUGCAUACCUUCCGUUAUUUAUUAGAUAGCUACUCGUGUCCCGUUAUUUCUUUUAAAAAACCACAUCCCAUUGGACGUUGUAAUUUUUCAAGUGAUUAUGAUCAUAACAAAAAAGCAUAGGCGAAAUUUGUUAAUCACAAAUUAAUUUUGAAGUCUAAAGGGUCAAUGCAUCUCGACAUUUUAAUUACGGCCUAAGCUCUGCAGAACAUCCCUUAUGCCUAGUUAAUUGGUCACAUAAGGAAAACCUUUAACGCUUGUCCAAUUUCAAGAAAAACAACAGCAACCUGCGAGAAUUCAUAAAAUUAAAAUAUAAUGCUGCAGUUGAUGUGUUUUUUUAUAAAAAGUUAAUGGAAAUUAUAAAACGUGUUUUAGCUAUUUAAAAAUUAUUCAAGUAGUCUUGUGUUAUUGAUAUUCAUGCAGCAUCGUCGUUAGAUAUUUUAAGUACCCCAUUAAGCAUUUUUUACGAGAUUUUUUUCUGGCUGCCUGUUCAAACCGUUCUCUGGAAAAAAUGACCACUAUGUACUUUUCCCAUUAAUUUUGAAUAUUCUUUCAAAUUCUCAUAUAUAACCCAGGAGACAUAAUGCAGAAUAAUAUCCCUUCUAUACACUAUAUCGGUGGAUAUCUGAGCCUGCUUUAAUUAUUUCAUAAAAAAGAGUAUUCCUAGGUCUAAAGAGUUUCGAAUUACGCAUCAGCUCAUUUAUAAACGUCUUUUAUAAGGUAAAUGACGUAGUCUCCAUCAAUUGCGAACUCCAUUGGCCUUAUGUGAUAUCUUCUUAAGAGUCUCUAGAAAUGCAUAGUUCUCCUUAAACAGGAUCUAUAUAGCUUGUGGCCAAAAAAUCUUAAAUGCGAAUGCAGUCGCAACUCCGAUUUCAAAUGGAACUUUAUUUUAAGGUAUAAAAAUGGAAGAAGGCGUAGUUUGCUAUUAAGGGGGUUUAAAAAGCGCAUCUUAUGCGUAUCUUCUCCAAAGUAUAUUUUAAUGCAUUGGAAAGCAGAAACCAAUAGAGAUAAUUUCAUAUCAAUUAAGUGAGUAUUUUUAAAAAAGUGCGAUUCAGGCAGACGUGUAGCAUCUUGGCCCAAAUGAUAUAUCCGAGUCUAUGCUGAAAUAUUAUUAAUUGCACACAUCUACUUAAGUAUUUUUUCGAACAAAAGACAUAUUUCAGAAUCUGAGUUCAUUUUUUUAUGAAUGCAAAUCUGCAGUGUUUGGAAACGGUACCGAAAUAGCAUAUCCGGAGAACCAGCCCAUCGUAAUACAGGAGACCGAUAAGAAGCGAAAGAAAACUGCAACACUUAUGUCAGUCUACUAUUAUUUGCAGUAAAAAAAUCACUUGGCAAAGGGGGUGUAAUCAAUUUAUGAAAAAUCAACACUAAAUAUCAGUUUAUUGGCGACAUUGCCCACGAGCGUUAUCGUGAAUUACAUUAAAUAAGCUAGUCGUCACAGAAGAACGAAAAAAAGCUGCGGCGUCAUUAAAAAAGGCAGUCGAUUAAAGCAGUCAAAGCGGACUUUUAUACGGAAUCUCUUGAUUGUGAACAGUUGAACGACCUAGUACUGAAACGCUGGGAAUUUUUCUCAAAUAUGCACCAACCCUGGUGUUUGGAGAAGUGUUCAUCUGUCCAUUCACAAAUGCAACGUACUUCCACUUCCAUACUCGGUGUUGAGACUUCGCCUAGGCAUAGCAAUUGGCCACGCGGGGAGCGCACAGGUGAACACUUUUCCAACACCAGGGUUGAUGAGUCAGAUGGUCGAGCAAUCAUCACACCAACAUCCAACGCACGUGAUGAAAUUGCAGCAAUUAAUGACACGAACGUCGGCCAUCAGGCAAUUAGCGCACCAAGUGCGACUAUCCCGGAUAAAGGGGGGCUGUGAAUGCUCAUUGGUAUGCGGUAGCAUGGCGACUGGAUCCUAUAAAUACUGCAGCCCCUUGUGCAAGAAUCAUUCGUAUCUGCGGUUGUCUCUGAUGAUGAGUUCGAUCAGGAGUCCGAAACUUCAGACUAAUAAAGCUCUCGUCUCGGCGAUCGUGUAUCCUUCUUCAAGCACCUCUAUCAUUAUAUAUUCCCGGCAGGACAACGGGCCCGUGACCCAGUGGUUAGGGGCGUUGGACUCAUAACUAACAUGUCGCGAUUUCGAACAUCGGACGUUUCUUAGGUUACUGGAGUAGGACAGUCGAUUUAAGCGGUCAAAGCGGAUGUUGAUAUGGAAACUCUUGAUUGUUAAAAUGCAAACGAACUACUCCUGACAUGCUAGGAAUUUUUCUCGAAUUUGCACGUUCAACAAAAGCAACCGCCUCAUGGCACUAAAGUACGGUUAUACAAACGCAGUAAGCAAUUGACAAGAAGAACCUCAGCACUCCACAAUCAGAAUGGUACUACCGAAAAAGACAAGAGAGACUGAAACGACCAUUUCUGGCUUAUUAGCCGUCGUCGACUAGUCAUAUCCAACCCCGAAGUGUGGAGCACCCUAGGCUUGAACUUGCAACCUGUCAGUUAGGCGUCCGACGCUUCUAACUACUGAGCCACAAAGAGACGAGUGCGUCCCUUGGAAACGAUCGGUGAGCGCCCCUCUACCAUUGUAUGUUCCCGAUCGCCACCAAGAGAAAAAAGGGCCCGUGGCCCAGUGGUUAGAGGCGUCGGACUUCUGAUUAAAAGGUCGCGAGUCCGAGCCCCAGAUGUUCCACACUUCGACGUUGGGUAUGACUGGCUGACGACGGCUAAUAAGCCAGAAAUGGUUAUUCCAGUCUCCCUUGUCUUUGUCGGUAAUACCAUUCUACCUAUAUCAUGCACCGCUGUGCGGCUGCUGAUUGGACUCGAGAAAGAAAGCGCUAAGGCACAACUAUACGAGUGAUUUCAGCAGAAAGGAUCGGUGGGCGCCCCUCUACCAAUGCACAACCAAUAUCCGGAGAGAACGGAUAAAGGUUUGUCUACACCAUUACUAGCUGCUUACCGAGAGGGAUCUGCACCAUGCCUUAGACACCGAUCUUGCCAAGGGCACCAAAACAUGCUGCGUUUGAGUUGGAAAUGUGCAAAUCUCAGUCAGUUGAUGACCAUAUCUGCCGUCGAUCUUAGCCAAAUACCUUCUUGUACGUAGAGCGAACAGUCUGCUACAUUUAACCGCAGCGUCUUCGGUAAUUAUUCAUUAACUUAUUGGAGUAGAACAGGCCAUGUAUUGAUAGAAUGAAGACACUUGUACAUAACUGAUGUGAGAGACAGUCACUUGUACUAAGUCGCCGGACACAAAGUGCAGAUUUAGCAAAACUUUAACUUCAACGGGAUAAGAUUAAUUAAUAGAGGAACUGAGAAAGGUCCGUAGGCUACAGCAGUACACAAAUCCUUCGCCGGGGUAGGUCAUGCCCACGCAAAUCAGAUGCCAGGCAGCUGCUAAUAAUAGAUAAAUAUAUGCCCAAGGCAUUGUGGAUGCUUUCAUUCAUUCCCCAGCAUCCUUCUCGUGUCCCUUUAUAUCUUGUGAAAGAUGACGCCCUGUCGGACGUUUUAAUUUAUUAAGUGAUCAUGACCAUGGCAAAUAAGCAUAAGUGAAAUUUAGUAAUGGGCUAUUACUUCUGAAUUCUGAUGAACCAAUGCCCUCCAAGAUUUUAAUUAUGGCCUAAGGUUCACAGAACACACCUUACGCAGAGUUGAAUAUUAACAUAAGGAAGGCAUUGGUACUUGUCCAAUUUCAAAAAACGAAAACAGUCUGCGCGGAUUCAUAGAAUCAAAAUACAUUACUACAGUCGAUGUGCUACCUCAGGAAAUGUUAGCGAAAAUUCAGAAACGUGUUUUCGAUAUUAGGAAUGUAUUCAAGUAGGCUUGUACUAUCGAUUUUCAGGCAGCAUAGUCCUUAGACAUUCUAUUCACUGCAGUAUACUGAUAUUUGUACGAGAUUUAUUCUGGCUGCCCGUUCAGACAACUCUCUGGAAAAAAUGAACACUUGCUACCUUUUAUUAUAAGUUUUAAAUAUCUUUUUAAACUGUCAUAUAUAGUUUACGAGAAUGCCAGAAAAAUACCACUUUUUUACUAAAUCGGCUGCUUCCCGCUCAUGCUUUAAUUUUUGGCUUAAUAGGGAAUAUUUUUUGGUCUAUGGAGCCUUAAAUUAGACGUCAGCAUAUUGUUUACGCUUUUCAUAAAAUAGACAGCGUAAUACACAUCAAUUGCGAAAUGUGGCAUCUUUCUUAGAGCCUCUGGAAAUUUAUAAUUUCCCUUGCGAAGAAUUUACAUAGUUUUCGGUUUAGAAAGCUUAAAUUCAGAUGUGAUAUGAUUAAUUGAUAAAGAAAUUGAGAAAUUUCCGUGAGCUACAGCAGUCCAGAAAUAAUUAUUUUAGCUCGAGCAUUCGCAGGAGUAGAUUAUGCAUGCGCAUAUGAGAAGCCAAGCAGCAGUUAACAGUGAAAUAAAUGUGAGACAGGAACUACGCGACAGUGACGAUGAAUGAGCUUUCAUUAUCCAAAGAUGAACUCUAGUUCAUAUUCUAAAAACCAUAUUUUGUGCUCUUGAAAAAGAUCUGUCUCUAAAAACCCGUUUGAUGAUUCAUUCGGCUAUAAUCUACUUCAAAGAUCUGCCCACCACGGUGUUUUUAGCCACAAUCAGGAGAGGGAUGUCGCACCUCAAACUACAGUCAAAAAACGAAGCAACUUCGAUGUCAUCUUCAGCAAUCAAACCAUAUUUGUUGGUCAGUUGAGUCAAGAAACCAUGGAAGGCGAUCUUGAAGCCUACUUCUCCAAAUUUGGCACAGUAAUGAGGACAGAAAUAAUAAUCGAUAGGAAUACAGGCUGGCCUCGGGGCUUCGGGUUCGUCACCUUCGCUGACGCAGGGACCAUGAAUGAUGGCGUUCUGGAUGCCUGUCACUUCCUCCAUGGUCGUCGCCUCAACGUCAAUCCGUCAAUGCUCCGUAGUGAUUAUUUUUUCCGCAGGACCCAGCAUCAAAUCCAGUUGAGUUGUCUACCACAGUGCUCUAACUUUUGCUCUUCCUCUGCCUGUUAUAUACGAAAUUUCCCCUCCCCGCCUCUAGGCAGUUUCCAUUUUCUUUGCUCAGGCAUUCAUUGACUUGUAGUGAUUCUGUUUGCUCUUGGCAUAUUUGGGCUCAAGUUUCGUCUAAGGCAUGAAAACUGCAGGCUGGCAGAGCUUCAGCGUGAAUUAUAAAAACCUGCUUCUAAGGAAUCUAUUUUUCCGAAGCAUUUCAAAUACCUACCCGUCUAUAGUUGGGGGAAGGCAGCAUUGUUUACUAACUGCAGUCUGACUCUGCCUAAUGGAAUUCCACAUCUAUUCUUUCUACUAUUAGAUAACAUUUUUCCUUAGAUAAGUACAUGUGCAUUUUUCGUCUUCAUCUGUCUAGGAAGGAUUAUAAAUACUUCCCUCCUUCCCCACCUUUUUAUACAAAAGGCAGAUUGUGUCCAAAUUUCAGCGGAAUUAGCGUAAGAUUAAAGUUAAAGUUGAAGCUAGAAGGCGAAAAUUUGUACCCUCCAGCAAUUUAGCGGAAAGUCCCCGUUUAUAGGCGUCAUCAUCUGCGCAUCUCCUGACCAGUUUUCAUUUUCGUAAGAAACAGGGAUUUCUUGGCGUUUUACUUUAUCAUAUGUGUAUAGUUCUUUGUUCUAGGCAGACCUAAAAUCCUGUGAUUAAAGGUUAAUUGCGACUUUUGAAGUAUUUCUAAAUUUCAAAACCUUGACAUGUAUCAUUUUUGCAACAAAUCUUUAUUGCUAGUUGGUUAAAAGGAUAAGUGUGGGAAAUAAAUUAAUGUCAAAUUCCAUAGAAAAAAUGGAAACGUAUGGGCUUAGUUGUAAAAUUAACGUAGGGAACGAAGGAGGCCUGAAUAUUCCUCUGUAGGUAGGUCAAUCUUUUUUUUGACGCCUUUCGCAAUCGAUUGUUUAAAAGAUUGGCCGGUGAAUAUUCCUUACGUUAUUGAAGUAGAGCAGUUCAUAUGGUAAUCGAAUGAGGACGCUUGUACAUGACUGAUGUGGGAAGUGAUCGCUUGCCCUACAUCGCCUGUCCCGUGUGUGGAACUGAUAAGCGUUCCGUGGACUACAGAAGUCCUGACACCAUUUUAGACCAAGCAUCUGUCGGGCAGCUACGUAGGGUGAAAAGAAGCUCGAACGGAAUCUUAGAAAUGUGAUGUAAAAGAGCAAUGACUCUGAAUGUACUUUAAUAAUCUGAUGGUGAACUUAAGUUCAUGGUCUGUAGACCGUAUCGUCUGCUUUUGAAAUGGGCCUGUCUGCAUAAACCCGUCUACACAGAUGCAUACAUUUAUUUUUGAUGUCUCUUGCUGCUUCGUAUUUACUCUACAGAUCUUCUCGCCGCGGUGUUUCUAACCGCAAAAAGAUGAGAAAAGUCCCACCUCACACUGCAGCCAAAGGGAACAACGACGCUGCUGAUAUCACCUCCAGCAAACAAACCAUACUUGUUUAUCAGUUGAAACGAGAAACCACAAAAGCCGAUCUCAAAGCCUACUUCUCCAAAUUUGGCACAGUAAGGCGGGCUAAAAUAAUAACCGAUAAGGAUACAGGCGUGUCUCGGGGUUUCGGGUUCGUCACAUUCGCUGACGCAGGGACUAUGUAUGAUGGCGUUCUGGAGGCCUGUCACUUCCUCCAUGGCUGUCGCCUCAAAGUCGAUCCGGCAACGCACCGUGGUGAAUUUCGUUCACGCAGGACCCAACUGCAAGUCCAGUUGAUUUAUUUACCAGAGUGCUCUGACUUUCGCUAUUCCUCUACCCGUUAUAUACGAUAUUUCCCCUCCUCUCGUCUAAACAGUUCCUGUUUUGAAGAAGGAGACGCGAUCGCUGGAACAAGAGCUUUAUUAGCCUGACGUUUCGGAUUCCUGUUUAAACCUUUCAUCAGAGACAACAUCCAUCCAUUUAUCCAUUGAGUUUUAGUUCUUCUAUUUACUCUUGGCAUGUUUGCACUCACGUUACAACCAAGGCAUGGAAAACUAUUUAUUGGCAGAUCAGUGACAAGCUGCACUGCCUUAGGGGUUAAUUGCUGAGACAGAACUACAGCGUAGUCUAUCCAAACCUGCCUCGAAGGAAUCUUUUGUUCCGAGGCAUUCCAAAUGUCUACGCGAAUCUCAGGUAGGUACUGCUAAAAAACUGCAGCCUGACUCUGUCUAAUAUUGGUUCAAAUAAUAGAGAAAAUUGUCGCCAAAUAAGUAUAUUGUCGUUUACCGUUUUUAUCUAGCAAGACAGGGUUAUAAAUACCUCCUCCUCCUCCUUAUCCUCCUCCUCCUCCUCCUCCUCCUCCUCCUCCUUCUCCUUCUCCUUCUCCUUCUUCUUAUUUUUAUACUACAGGCAGAUUGUCGACGAAUUUCGGCGCAACCAGCGUAAGAUUUAUACUUAGGUUUAAAGAUAGGACGCUAAACUUUGUACCCUUUUGAAAUUAAACGGAAAGUCACAGUUUCUAGGCGUUAUCAUCUGCGCAUUUCCCGACCGGUUUUCAUUCUUUAAGAAAUAGAGAUUUCGUGGCGUUGUGUGUUACCAUUUUCACACCACUAGUAAGUUCUGAGCAGACCCAAAGUCUUGUAAUUGAAGGCCACUACUAAAGUUCUAAAUUUUCCUACUGGAUCAUUUUAACACUAAACCGUUAUUGCAGGUAGGUUGAAAGAGGAAAAAUAUGGGCAUAUCUAUAAAAUGAACAUAGCGAAUUAAGUACGUAGGGGACUGAACAUUCCUCUGUGGGUAAGUCAAAUCUUAUUUUGAUACCUAUCGCAAAUCACUACCUUCCGCUUGGUCGUUUGUAAGACGGCUCCUAACUUCACCCGACCGCAUGCAUUCGGCGUUGAGUACUAGACAGAAGGACAGAGGCAGGACUAAUGGAAAGCAGGCCAGAUUGUGCACUUUUCGAUUAGCGCUUGCAAACAAAUGAACAUCAAAAAUGUCGUUUCAUACACUUCCUGCUCCUCCAUCUAUCUUUAAAGAGCAAUGGCGAGUGGCCCCACGAGACAUAAUACACCUUUUCUUUAUCAGCCCAACGUUUCGGAUUCUCACUUAGAUCCAUCAUUAGAGACAGAGUCAGGUAAGGUUGCUGAAUUACACUACCUUCCAAUGGCGACCCCCAAAACUUCGUCCACCAGUGCCUGCGGAAUCGAGGUAAUAGAAGGAUUCCAUUAACCCCAAAUAUUGGCGAGUUCUGCCAUAUGUGAAAAUUUCUUGAAAGUCGUCAGUAGUCCUUCUACGCACCUUGGACAUGGGGUUGCACACAGACCGGAGGCAACUAUAAGGCGCCAGAUCAUGAGACCGAAAGAUCCACUGCCACGGGUAAACGUAUGGAGUCGUUCACCGGGUCUUGUGUAGUUGUAGGCAAAGUGACUAUGUCAAAGAAACCGGAAGACUACUCCGGACGCGGAUAACCGAGCACGCGGUAGCAGUGAGGAGGAACGAUGCCAUCUUGCAGGUCGCGGCUUAUUCAGAGGGACGCAACCACUCAUUCCAGUUUGACAUAACAACAUUUCUUUCUACAUACAGCAACCGCGUGAACUGUGAAUUGUUCUAGUCAUGGUUUUCCGGUCUCCAAUCAAUCAACAAGCGCAACGACCUCCCCGCCCAGUAUUUGGCGCUGAGAUUUUGCCUAGGUAAAAAAGUUAGCAGCGAAAAGAGCGUGGAGGUAACAAAUUUGCCGUCGAACGAUCUUCGGUUUGAAUAAGAUACUGGCAGUAACGUUGAGUGUUAGCUGGGGAAGCCCGAGAGGGAUGAAGAAAGGGAAGUAGACGAGAAUAAACACACCGGAUGCAACAAUAUUUUUUCAGAUCUCUCAAUUAUGUGAUCAAAGUAGCCUGAUGCACAUUGUGCAAAUAAGUGCAAAGCAAGAAACUAUGCAUAAGAACUACCCGCUUUUUUGUCUGCCUUGCGAAAAACUCAAAGUAGCACCACUGAUAUGCGUUUAUACUUUUCUGUGCACACACGUUGCCAAACACCAAAUUCUCAGUCAGGUUUGUGACAGGUGGCGAGAGUUGAGGUAGGUGAGAAUAGUGGAAAAGUGAGGACUGAGAGUGCAUGCCAACCAAGAUCUAGAAAACUCUCAAAAUUCGCGUACCAUUAGAAGGACCGGGAUGUUGGCUUCGUAGCUGUUAAGUAACGCGGCCUACUGUAUCACUCUGCUCAAAUACAAAUGGCGUUCCGCACUCGGUUGUUAUAAAGAAAUGUCCGUCUGAUGAGAUACGAUCGAGGCCACGCCCUCUUCGUAUUGCAUUUGGAGUAAGGGUAAGGGCGAGGGCUGGCAUUCGUAGUAAUAUGGAAAGGGUGGUUUGGACUGAAAUGUUGGUAAGAUUAUAGAUGAAACUAGGCGGCAGUACUUGGUACGACCUUGGGGCUUAGCAAAAGCUCAACUUAAGUGCGAGGGAAAUACUUGUAACCCCACACUUCUCUUGUUUGGUUUUCCAAGCAAGUCUGAAAUCUUAUAAUUGCUGGUUACAUGGCUGUUGAAAAAUAACCGCGCUUUAUCAUUUUAAUCAUUGCAUUGAUCACUUUUGAAACGAAUCAUUAUUCCAAGUGCAUUGAAAGCUUUGGCCCAAUUUUCGGGCAUCCAACAAGCGGAGUAUAUGUAAAAUAAAAAUAAAAAUGUAAAAUAUGUGAAAAAUAUGUAAAAUAUGUAAAAUGAAAUUAAAUAAAAAUAUGAUAGUCAGUAGGUAUGUAUAUAAAUAUGUAUAUGCAAAUAUGUAUGUAAUAUGUAAUAUAUGUUAUAUGUAAUAUGUAAAUAUGUAUAUAAUAUGUAAUAUAUGUAAUAUGCAAUUUAAUAUGUAAUAUGUAUGUAAAUAUGUAUAUAUGUAACUAAAAUAUGUAAAAUAUGUAAAAUACAAUAAAAUAAAAAUAAAAUAAAAAUAUAGUAGUCAGUAGGUAGACCAACCCCUCUUUUAAUGCCUACCAUAAUUCGAUGCUCUUCACUGAAUUGUUUUAAAUUUGAAUGUGAUUUUCAACCACACCUCACGGUGAGCACUGUGGUGAGGACAGGGUUCUAGGCAGGCCAGGGCUGGGAAUGUGUAUGAAAACGCUCAUAGAUGAGGAGAGGGUUCGUAAGGCGCCUACAAAGUAGAAAGUCUACCGUGUACGACGACGUAUUUUUAGCCAAUGUUGCAACAAACAUCUACAUUUACUCCUGCCUAGGGUGGUAAAGUUUUGAGGAACAAUCUACCAGGAAAUUUGUUGCGUCUGGCCGUUGUUCCCGAAAGCUAGAUCAGAGCAUUUUAGUACACCUAUCACCGGAGGGUUGAUCCGGUAUUCACUGGGUCGUUGAGCGUGCUACCUCAGACGGUGACGGAAAAAAAAGUUGCCUCGAUCGGGGUAUUGACAAAUACUGAGGACACAGGGGAAGUUUGGACGAAAUCGCUAAGACAUCUCGAAUAUUUAGAAGAAAAAGAUCUGAUCGCUGGAAGAAGCAGUUUAUUAGCCUGAUGUUUCGGAUUGUCACUCAAAGCCAUCGUUCAGAACUCUGACUGUCCGCAGGAAGUUUAUAAUCUGAACAGUCUCUGCAACGAAGUACCAAUGCAGUUAACGCUUUUCUGGCAAUCAGGAUAGCCUAAUGAUCCUUCUUCAGACAUAAUGUUCGCUAGAAAAAUCAGAAUCAGGCCUCAAAUUCAACAAUAAAAAAGUUGAUUCACAAGGCAGUUUGCCCCAGACUAUGUAGCGUGCGCCUGCCUCUUGAAAAGGCCUACCUUUGACUUCUCUGAUUCUUUGACCCAGAUCCAAAAACGAAGUGACGCAGAAGUCGAACCCGAACAGAAUUUUUAUUGAAGCUCUGCCCCAAGCGGUAACCGAAAGUGAUCUGCAUGAGUACUUCUCCAAAUUUGGCCUUGUAAAGGACGUCAGAUUGGCGGAAAGGUUUAAACGACUCGAUCGUGGUUUUGUUGUCUUCCGUGACCUUGAAUCGGCAACGAAGGUGAUUGAGUCCCAGCCACACGAAUUAAAUAAAAUAAAAAUUACAGUGUCUCGCACCGAGGAACCAAGAUCUGCAGACACCGGGUAAGCAUUUGAUCUAUAGAUAAAAGGAUUUUUAAUGGGACGAGUGAGAGUUCAUUGUUCUGUAUAUUAAGACUCAUCCUCACUUGACAGCAUGUACAGAAUGAGUUCGACAACAUCUGGGGCAUAGUGCAUAAGUUUUAAAGGUGCCUCGGAAUGUCGUCCCAUUAGAACUGAUCACAUUAACGAAUCCUGUUGCAAACACACUUUGUCUCCAAAAUAAGGCAACUCAAAAGUUAUUUCCCAAAAGUCGAUCAAAAAACAUGGUAAUUUUCCUGUUUUCUGUAAUCAGAUAGUUAACGGAACACCCCAAAUUUAGGUAUGAGAGGACGAAUGCAAAAAUUUUGUAGAUUCGUAGUGCACAUAAGGAUAUGAGAGGAGGGGGAGUUCAUGAAUGGAGAAGGGACGUCGUUUGCUGCGACGAUUCUGGGCAUGUUUGUUUUAUCAGGUCCCACCGUCAGGGAAGGACACAUUUUCUACGUACGUAUGGAGAAACCGCCAGAAGACCUCCGCGCGCAGUGAUUAAAUGCAGCGGCGGGAUGGUAGGAAGAUAAACAGGAUUGCCAGUUUUAACCGGAUUUGUGGAAGUCUCUAGAAGCUCCGUAGCGUGCGAAGUGUGUUGGCCUGUUGCGGUACGCAAUAUGACGCGAAGGAUUAUUUCAAAGCGACGCAUAAGUUCGGAGGCGAAGGACAACAAAUAAGGUUUGAAAGUGGAGGCAAACCGAGUAUGACCGGCGGCAAACGUUCUUCCCAGUGAAUGUGCUUAUCACAAGCUCAGAACGACAUCUUGAUAAGACGGUAGAAGUGUGUGACUAGACAGUUGUAUGAGAGGUGGUAUGUUAACGUAAUUGUGCGGAAAUUACUACGACAGUUUGUUAGGCCAUAUGACAGUCUACAUUUACAAUGGUGACCCUGAACAUUGAUUAUUGUCCAGAGAACACAUUAAUUAACCAUGCAAUGAUCAGGAAUUCACUGCCAAUAUUAACCACAGUUCCAUUUUGGAUGAGGGUUUCGAUUCGCCAUAGUGCAAAAUCGCCAGUCACUGCGACUUUGCGUAUUGGUAAAGAGCCUAGAAGUUCUGUUAUUUUUGAGAACAAACGUGUGUCAGGCCAAAGAAAGGUGAAAAUAAGGGAACUGUUUACGCCAACCAAUUUUGGCCUUUUAUAGGGCCUCCCUUGAUGGAGUCCAUUUUCAAAUGUGGAUGUGUAUGCUAGCUAGUGAAAACCUUUCCUGAUGAGCUGCAGGGAGGUCCAAAUGUAAGGAUGACGGGCAACGGUAUAGAGAAAGACCCCACUUCAUUAACGCCAGUCUGUGGAUCACGACACAGGAACUGUUAUCUUCGCAUCCAUUGGCAGGCCUUUGCAGCACACUACAUUGCCAAUAACAAUCAACUGCCAUGGCUUCAAACCAUCACUCGAUCUCCUUCAUAUUUGAAGUUUACUUUUUGUUUAUUUUUAAUCACCGAGCUCAUUUCCGUUGUCGUACGAAAGCGUAAGAUGAGUUCUUCAGGAGAAAUCUAAACAACUUCUGUGUUUUCCUGCCUUUCGUCAGCUUACUGUCUUGUGCGCUUUCCCACCCGUAAAACUCCCCUUAUCACCACUUACGUAUGUCUUCUCGAGAUUAGGUUGACCAAAACUUGAGUGUCAGUGUGUUUUAAACUUCUUUUGCCUCCUGGAUCAUCCGGCUGGACAGUUGUUGGACUGCUUCUGCAGAAACGAUGGAUAAACAAAGCCAGCAUGAACUUCCACUCUAGGAAGCUUGCUAAUGGCCUAGCCAUAGAAUGGGGCAGUGGAGGAUGGAGAGAUGCUGGAUCCGGCGUGGGAUGGUUCCACCUGAAAUGAACAGCAACUCAAAUGCGGUGGAUGACGGUCCGUUGACCGCCUAGCUGUCUGGGUAAAAAGCUUCUCACGUCGAGGCGGUUCAUUGCAUUUCCAUCCGUCCAGGCGUUUAUACACGCCCCAGCCUCCGCUACAGUGUGCAUUGGUAGGCCUCAUUAAACUGAUUCUUAUGGAGCAGUAGGCGCUGAACCUUUGUGCCCUCACGGGACUACUUGUGGUUUUGCCAGGGUGGGGGUCCAAGGAUCGCAGUGCGACCGUUAUAGGUGGCGUCCAGUGGUCUGUUCCAUUUAAUCUUGGCACUCUUGUUCUCCGCGAGUGACAUGGGUUCCAUAACGACGUUCAUUCCGUCGACGAGAUCUCGGCUUGGGCAUCGGUAUUGAGAAGGACCCCACUUAACUGACGGAAUUCUGCGGAUCACGUCAAACGGGCAUUUAUCUUGAUACCAAUUUGCAGGCCUUUACAGACACUACAUUGCCAAUUACAAUUAAUUGCCAUGGCUUCAAACCAUCACUCGAUCUCCUUCAUAUUUGAAGUUUACUUUUUGUUUAUUUUUAAUCACCGAGCUCAUUUCCGUUGUCGUACGAAAGCGUAAGAUGAGUUCUUCAGGAGAAAUCUAAACAACUUCUGUGUUUUCCUGCCUUUCAUCAGCUUACAGUCUUGUGCGCUGUCCCACCCGUAAAACUCCCCUAAUCGCCAAUCACGUGUGACACGAUCAAGUCUACCGACGGUAAAGUGGGGUCUUUCUCCAUAGCGUUGCCAGAUGAAAAAAGUAACCCGAAAGCGUCGUUGUCACACUCCGCGUGAUUUAUGGUUGCGAUAAGUCCUCACCCGCCAGACACAUGCCAUUUCAGCGCAGGAAACACUAGAAGCUUACUCCUUCAGUUGAGCUAUAAGCUUGUGUCUUGUUAAAUGUCAAUGGAAACGUUCAAUAUCACAUAGGAAUUUCGUCAAUCGGCUCAUUCUAACAUCAGAAAGCAUGUAGGCAGUAGUUUAUAAACUAGAGCUUAACAUUAAAAUGUUCAUCACGGCAUGACAAUUCAGAUAGUAUUUUUUAUAAAGUUCCAGUACAGUCCAGUUUUCCAUUCAAAGUGAGUAGAAUGUCUUUUGCAAACGCGACAGUCCUGGACUACACUAAGUGCGACUGACGUAUCGAAUAAAUCCCAACUUUGAUAUUCUGAACCCUUUAAACUAGGUCUGGGAAGGAACUGAGACAGAGCGUGGACCCCAACAAAAUCUUCCUUGGAUCUCUACCCAAAAGGGUAAACGAGUGCAGUCUGCACGAGUACUUCUCCAAAUUUGGAAUUGUCAUGGAUGUAGGCGUGCUACGUGAACGUUUCUUCGACGGUCGUGGUUUUGUUAGCUUCCUUGACUCUGAUUCGCCAAAAAGGGUACUUGAGUCAGAGCCACACCAAAUAAAUGAGACACAGAUCACCGUCUCUCUCGACAGAAAACCAGGAUCUGCAGGCACUGGGUAAGCCUUUGACCGACCAUGGCGAACAUAGCCAAUACGGCCGCAAGGGAUUUUGCUUUUUUGCGAGUUUACGAACUCAUAUAUCCUAAUCACAUUUGAAUAAUAUUUUACAUGUUGAACAUCUGUUAUUCGUUCAAGAGAGGCGUUAGCAACUUGCCAUCAUUUGCUUAGCGAACGCUUAUCGAAUACCAAACAGACUGAUCAAAUUAACAACUGGUUAAUUAGUUGUCCUUUGCUUUUAAAAUAAUAUCAUUCCUAAAACGGUUUAGUUUACAGAUAAAAGGCACUGCACUAUGAUAUCAAAAUACGAGGGUUAAGGGGUUGUUUGGGCACUGCGCUUAUGUUUUCUCGAAAAAAUAUGAAGCCAAUCGAGGGAACACGAAUAACCACAUUUACUGAAAAUUCCACUUUAACGCAUAUUAAGCAGGAUAUUAAAAAUUAAUGGCGACAGGGGAAAGAAGGAACAACUUUGAGAGUGAAUAUUUAUUUUAUUGCUCUACCGAUAUGGCUCGACGGAAUCUGCCAAGCAUGCUAGUCCCUGCACCCGAUUUAUUCAGCUUCAGUUAGUUUGAUAUGUACAUAGCCCUGCUGCUUGAUGAAAUAGAAAAAAAUGUGAGACCGAUCAUGGGAUUCGAAUCCACGGCGGUAAAAGCAAGACACGAGUUCAGCCAACUAUGUUACCGCCCGAGCUAAGUACAGUACGUGACCUAUCUCAUGAAAUCUGAAAACGGAAGCUGAUGAGAGAAUUUCUGGACGUCUUCAACGUUGGGCAUUUUGUUCGCUCAUCCACAUCCUUUAAUAAAAUGUCCUUUUCUCGUGCAGAAAUUUCGCUUACGUACUUAUAACAAGAAAAAUAUCAGUAGGUUUUGGCAAAAAUGGACGUUGGAAUAUAUUUGUUCAAUUUCCUAUGCUAAUACAUGUCCUAGACAUCGGUUACUCUUCUGUGCGACUUUUUCAUUGAGGGAUAACAAUUUGCUUGCAAGAAUUCUAAUGAAAUUGAUUUAACCAGACCUUUGUCUGAUGCUAGCCGUAAAUAGGAACUUGCAAACACAAAGGUAAUUUUAAGCAAACCAGAGAUUUUAUUUGUUCCUAAAAGUAAAAUUAGCAGAUCUUUGCGCUUUGAUGCCCUACAGUGCAGUAACAACGCAGAUUGUGAUUCCUUUGUUCGAAUGAGCAUGCAUUGUUUUCCUGUUUGAAAAAUCCUACCUGAUGUCUUUUAAAUGACUAGCACUGAAGGGUUAUUUCCAUUUUAAAGCAUAUGAAACACAACAUUUCGUGUAGUUCAGUUAGUGUACAUACCUAAUUUUAGAAAGAGAACGAGCAAAGCAUUUAUAGUUUCAGCAAAAUAUCAGUAUUAAUAUGGGCGCUCUGUCGAAGAACCGAGUCUAAACGCAAGCAAAAACAGUGGAAAUGGUCUUAGUAUACAGAUAAGGGCGUGCUCCUACGUUGACGAUAUAAACACAUCAGUAUUGUUUCGGAACUUGAGAAGAACGGCCAAAAGUGUCAAACUUUUUCUGGGCCUCACCGUGCAAAAAUGCAAAGUACACAGCGAUUCAUCAAUGAAGUGCAGUACGCAGUGCGCAGGGGAAGAGGGAACUACCUUGAUAGUCAGUAUAGAUUUUACUGCUCUACCGACAUGACUGGACUGAAUCUGCCAAACAUGCCAGAUUCUAAACAAAUUUAUCAGUAAGGUCAGAUUAUUCAGUCAGUUUACUAUAUCAAAUGCCUCAGUCAACCGCAUUCGACAACGCUAGCUUGGAGCUCUAAGGCCACACGAAAUUUGGUGUAAUUUGACUUAAUCGAUUUGCGACGUUUUAAUUUCGCCUCGAGGUAUAUAUGCAUCGCAGCAUGUGAAAAGAGUCUCUUCUCAAAUGACUGCAUCAAGCUAGGCAAAUUCUGAAAAAAAGCUACAUUUAACUAUUAGUUCCUCUAUUAAAAUACGACUUCUCUGCUGCUGCUAUAGGUCCACUAACUCACGCACUGUCCCUCAAAAUCCCCCCACUGAGACUCCUGCCGUGGACCUGAAGUCAGAAACGUCGCCUCGUUCAGAAUCGCUUACAGACUGUCCGGAGGGCGAGGCGUCUGGUGCAGCGCCGGAAGUCCGUGACCACUGCUCGGAAGUAGUUGGUAGUGCAUGCCAACAUUCAGGAGCCGGGAAUGAAGGGGAGACGCAGCAGCCAUCUCCAUGA